AUGGGUCCCCGCGACGACGGCGGGGAUCCGCAGAGCACAGGCGGAGGCGCAACGCUGUGGGGGAAGCUGGAGGAGACAUGCAGGUAUUACACGGGCCUUCCCAAGCCUCGCGUGGAGGCUCGGGUGGUGGAGUUCCGAUCCGAGAGGCAGUUUGUGUCGCUGCUGCAGCAGGGGAAGCCAGUCGCCGUGGCCUUCACCUUCUCCUGUGCACACACGCGUCAUUUCGAUGAGGUGUUUCGACAAGCGUCAGCUGAUCUCCACCCCCAUGUCAACUUCAUCCGGGUGGAUUGCCCCAAGCACCUUGGCUUCUGCAUCGCUCGACAGCGCAAGGACUACCCCUUUAUAGAGGUCUUCUAUAACUCGAAAGAGGCGCAGCGGGACCCGACCCCCUCUGCGGGAGGAGCUACAGGGGCAGCGGGAGUGUUUCGCUACAGUGUCAUGGUUCUGCCUUACAACUAUGACGUUAGCACUUAUGGCUCAUCGUACGGCACGAUGCGAUGGCAACAGAUGUGGUUUGCCCAUCGCAUACGAAGCAUCCUCCCGUUGCCUCAUUGGUCGUUGACCGCUCACCUCGACGUGAUCGGCACAUCAGUGUCCAUGCGACACAUCGGCGUCGCCAACACCAUACGUGCGACUCAUCCCCACGGCGUCGUCUUGUGGGCAUCUCUCGUGGUCACCUCUAAUGCGACUCGCUUCGGCUGCUGCAAGAGUGCUGCACGGAGGGGCAUGUGUUCUCUCGGUCUGCCCUGCGAAUGGGCGGGCAGCGCUGCGGCUGCUCCUUGUUCUGUCGCGGCGGCACCUGCUUGA